AAAACAAAUGACUGUAUUAGGUAACGCUCAGUGUGCUGCGUGCCGUAUUAAGCAUAACUGGUGCUUGUAGUCGUCAACAGUUUAGUGUUAGUGAGUUAAAUUCAUUAAUAAAUGUAAUUAAAUUAGUCAUGUUGUACCUCAUCUGGUUUGUGGUGAUUAUUGCGGCCUUGGUAUUGUACCAUCAUCAGGUAUACUCCAGGUUCGCUAAAUAUGAGGUGAAGCACUUCAAUCCAGUCCCGAUUUUGGGUAACAUGAUCCGAGUCAUACUGCGCACUGAGCACUUCGCGAAUGAUCUCCAAAGAUACUACGACCACUUUCCGGAGGAAAGAUUUGUCGGACGAUACGAGUUUGUGAAACCAACAAUAAUAGUGAAGGAUCUAGACCUGGUGAAGAAGGUAACUAUUAAGGACUUCGAGCAUUUCUUAGAUCACCGUACAAUUGUUAACGAGAAAAUAGAACCUGUCUUUGGAAGAAACUUACUGUCGUUGAAAGGUCAAGAAUGGAAGGAUAUGCGAGCAACUUUGAGUCCAGCGUUCACUAGUUCUAAAAUGAGACUGAUGGUGCCCUUUAUGGUGGAAGUUGGAGAUCAGAUGAUACAAGCUCUUAAGGCUAAAAUCAGAGAUUCAGGAAACAACUUCAUUGAUGUUGAGGCAAAAGAUUUGACGACCCGGUACGCCAAUGACGUCAUCGCCUCCUGCGCCUUCGGACUGAAGGUAGACUCGCAUAUGCAAGAAAAGAACGAGUUCUACGAAAAGGGGAAGACUGCAUCCGCUUUCGGAUUCCGGCAAAUGCUCAUGUUUUUUCUUUUCAUUUCCUUCCCAAGAUUAAUGUCGAAACUAAAAUUGACAUUGUUCACCAAGGACACUACAAAUUUCUUUAUAAAUUUAGUGCUUGGUACAAUGACGAACAGGAAGACGCUUCAUAUUGUCAGACCAGAUAUGAUACAUCUACUGAUGGAAGCUAAAAAAGGAAAAUUGACAUAUGACGAUAGGACGCUGCAAGACACUAACGCCGGGUUUGCAACUGUAGAGGAAUCGACUCUAGGAAGAAAAGUUAUUGACAAAGUAUGGUCCGACACUGACUUGGUAGCUCAAGCUGUUCUAUUUCUGAUCGCCGGCUUCGAGACUGUAUCCUCAGCUAUGACGUUCGCUCUGCACGAGCUGGCUCUCAACCCUGAAGUGCAAGAGAAACUAGUGCAGGAGAUAAAGGAGAAUAAUAUGAAAAACGACGGCAAAUUUGAUUAUAAGUCGAUUCAGAAUAUGGCAUACAUGGAUAUGGUAGUCUCAGAGGUACUUAGAUUGUGGCCGCCUGCUGUCGGUCUUGACAGGAUAUGCACUAAAGACUACAACUUGGGCAAACCCAAUAGCAAGGCAACCAAGGAUUACAUAAUACGCAAAGGCGAAGGUCUCUUCGUUCCAACAUUUAACAUACACCGAGAUCCAGAAUUAUUUCCGAAUCCAUUGAAGUUUGAUCCUGAACGCUUUUCCGAGGAAAACAAACAUAAAAUUCAACCACUAUCUUACAUGCCGUUCGGAUUAGGCCCUAGAAACUGUAUUGGUUCGAGAUUUGCUCUCUGUGAAGUGAAAGUCAUGUUAUAUCAACUGCUACAACAUAUGGAGGUAACUUCGUGUGAGAAGACAUGUCUAAAGACAGAGCUCGCCACAGACACCUUUAACUUGCGAAUCAAAGGAGGACAUUGGAUACGGUUGAAAAUUCGAUCAUAGAGUAAAUAAAAAAAAACAAUGUUAUAAGAAAAAAAAGGUUAGGCGUGGGUUCAAAUUUAUACUGCUUUGGAAAUUGUACAUUCACAUAUUAAUUUACUAAAAUACAUAUAACUGUUUUUUCAAUGUAAUCAUUUCUUGUAAAUUAUAUACAUAACGAUACAAGAAUA